AUGCUAAACUUAUUAGAAAAACUAGAAUUAUUAUUUGGAAUAAAACUCCAAUAGCUUCUUACCAAGCCUUAGAUAUUAUUAAAAUUAGUCUUCAUGAUUUAAUAAAAUCUGAACAACUAUUUGAAGAAAAAUAUCUAAUAAAAAACA